GCGCGUGGCCAACCCGUCCCCCUUCGGCUACCACCACGGGCCCAUCCCGUACCGGAACCAGCCCGCCGCCGCCAACAACAGUAACAAUGCCGAUGAGACUCCAAUACUAGUAUCCAUCUCGAAGGUCAACACGGGCGUCUGCGACGUCGAGGUCGACGGCGCAGGCACCAUGUGCGGCAUCACCUUCAACACCCAGCCGUCCCUGCGCCGCCACCUGCGCGACACCCACCCGGGCGCGGCGCGGGACCCGACGCGGACCAACGUCGGCGUCAGCGAGCAGGUCCAGGGCGACAACGCCAUCAAGAGGUGGGUGCUGACGGGCGGCUGGCGCGAGGCGAGGUACGUGCGCGAGCCCGGGAGGGGCCCCGAGGGAGGGGUGGUCGCGCGCUACGCCGACGCGUGCGAGCGCAUCGCCAGGGACGACGAGGGGUUCAGGAGGAAGUUUGGAGAAGUGUUCCAUAGGAGGGUCAUCCAGGAGGACCCUGACUUCCAGCCGGGCAGGAAGAGUCGGGCCAGGGCGUCUCGAGGGGGCGCGGCGGAGGCUGAGGCCUCUGCCACUCCACCGCCGCCGCCUGCCGCGCCUGCCGGACCAUCUCGAAACGCGCAGUCGGGCCCCUCGCGGAGGAGAGCUGGCGGGCCACGCCGCGGGCGGGCCACGGAGUUGAUCGUCAUAUCCGAUGACGAUGAGGAAGAUGUCAAGGUGAAGGCUGAGUGAGCCAUACUGAGAUGUGACUUCGGCCAACCACGGAAGACGGACGUCCCGGGAGCAUCAGCAGCAAUUGUUGACACGACUUGGCACUGUUGCGAAUUUGUGGAAGUGCUGUCACGUACAUACGGAGACCCUUCCACCUCUGGUAUACAUUUCGGCUCGGACGGGAGGAUGACAGGCGGGCACUUGCGCCAUGGGGUGUGGGGGUACAGUAAUCAUUCAGACAGUGAUAGCAUUCUGCUUCCGCCAAGAGCGAGCGACCGACUCUACCGGCGGCGCUCAGGAUGAAGUCUUGCCAACCCUAAUCAACCUUGGCAAUGUUUCUCUUUUCUGACGACUAUUGAUCCUUCACGUUCGAGAAGACAGUCGCCUGCAUCUAGAUACGUGGCCUGGCCAGGGAAAGGCUGCACCCAGAACGGACAUUGAUGGUCUGUGUCAUGCUUGUACCAUAACGCCUUUGUGAGCGCCAAACAGUGGUGCGCGGAUCGCACGCUGCCGACCUGGGGAUAUUCUCCCACGUGCAUGAUGAACGAUGCCUGAGCUCUUGAGGCCUGGACUCUUUUCUUUUGCGCCAAUCCAAAGUGUGGAGAGAUGUCACUGGUCCUGCCUCUUUUUCCGGAGGUUACCCUGCCUUAGGUAUGCUGUGACGCUUUUGCCGGCUGUCCGGUAGGUAAGCAAGCAGUGAGUUUC